AUGCGGAAAUGUAUUUUACCAAUCAACGGAACCUACAGGUGGUCUGCUAACCAGUCACAUAAAGCAAUUAAAUGGUUAAUUUUAAAAGAGCGCGAAUACGGGUGGAAAACUAUACACGCAGGAUAUGGUAAAGAAUUCCGUUUACCAUCAGGUAUACCUGUUGACGGUUACUUUAAAAAUCUUAGAACGGGUCAAGAAAACGUGUUACAAUUCCAUGGUUGUUAUAGGCAUGGGUGUCCAAAAUGUUACAGAAUAAAUCGUGAUAAAAAACUUAAUGCCAGCGAUAACUUUGAGAGUAUGCAUACGAGGUACGAUAGUACAAUAGCAACAUCAGAAAAAAUCCGAGGCUUAGGUUAUAAUUUGAUAGAAGAAUGGGAGUGUGACUUUGACGUUUUUUUAGCGAGUGUACCUGAGACUGCUAUGGAACUGAGAGAGCAUCCACUUCUUAGUAUAGAGCCUUUGAAACCACGCGAUGCUUUUUUUGGUGGCCGUACAGAAAGUUUUGUGAGUUUGUACGACGUUAAAGAUAAUGAAAAAGUUAAAUAUGUCGACGUUUGCUCGCUCUACCCAUAUAUUUGCAAAACAGAGGGGCUUAUAAAAUGUACCGUUUUACCACCGCGAAAACUUUAUCACCCCGUACUGCCUUGCAAAAUCCAUAAUAGGCUUCUUUUUGCGCUGCGUCGAACUUUCGCUCAAGAAUUGAGACAAACCGGUUGUAAUCAUAAAACGAAGGAUAGAAAAUUUACAGGUACGUGGGUUGUAGACGAGGUCAAAAAAGCUGUUUCAAAAGGUUAUAUUGUUCUUAAGAUUUAUGAAAUAUGGCAGUAUGAUAUAAUGCAGUAUAAUAAAGACAAAGAGUGUGAUGAGUUAUUUACAGAAGAUAUCAAUAAUUUUUUAAAAAUUAAAACAGAGGCUAGCGGUUUUCCGAAAGAUUGUGUAACUGAGGAGGAUAAAAAUAAAUAUAUUGAAGAUUACGAGCGCGCUGGAGGAAUAUGUUUAGAUAAAGAUAGAAUUAAAUAUAAUUCGGGAUUACGUUCUGUAGCGAAGCUCAGUUUAAACUCUUUAUGGGGAAAAUUCGGGCAGCGUGAAAAUUUAAUGCAAACUGAAAUUGUUACAACUAGAAACCGCUUAAUGGAGUUAUUAACAGAUACUCAGAUAGAAAUCUGUGGGUUUUUGACUGUGAAUGAUAAAACUUUGUAUAUUAAUUUUAUAAAUGCUCGAGAGGCUAUAAAACCAUCCCGGACAACAAAUGUUGUUAUAGCAGCGUACACGACAGUGCAAGCCCGUCUUAAAUUAUAUUCUUAUCUAGAAAAUUUGGGCAAAAGGGUGUUAUAUUGCGAUACAGACUCCUGUAUUUAUGUUUCGGCAGACGGUCAAUAUGAACCACCGACUGGUAAAUUCUUAGGGGAUUUAACAGAUGAAUUAGAAAAGGAAGGGGUAGGUAGCUAUAUUACAUCUUUUGUAACAGGAGGGCCUAAAUUUUAUGCUUUUAUAAUACGUAGACCUGACGAUUCGACUGCGGAGGUUUGUAAAGUAAAAGCGACGUUGCAUCUCAGGUUACCCUAUGUGAACAUCAACGCAGUCCAAAUCCCACAACGUAGACUGUUUCGUCUACUGGGCUGCGUUGACGUUCCAGAAAUCUGUUAUCUCGAGGUAUUUCCGUUACGAGAUACCUCAAAUAACGAUUAA